AGUUCAGCGUGAGAAAUUUAUAUACUGUCUAUGGAAAUUUGUCUGAUGGCUGUUGAUACUUAAAUGAAGUUCUCAGAGUUUCGUUCAGGUCUGAAACAACCAGGCAACAUGAACUCUCCAGGCUUUAAAUUAUCUUUGCGGGCGAGUAAGAAAGUGUGAGUUUAAAAAAAAAAAAUCUUCCACCGAUGACAGCAGUUAGUUUGCAACAUAAAUCACCGUUUGUCGUUUUACAACUACGCUAGUUUUAAGAUGCCUGGGGAGUUUGUGCGUAAAAGAGCGCCCUUCCCCGUUGCGCACCACGCUGGCUUCCCGUACUAGCUAUCCUCAUCUUCAUCUUCAUCGGAUCUAGAGCUGAGCAGCAGCGGCUGAGCUGUCAAACCAGCCUAAAAAUGGCUGAGCUCCGUCUCGCCCGGAGGAGCUCCUCUCUGCCUCUAACGGGUCUAAUGGGCGUUGUGUUGCUCGUUUUCGUCUUUGUCGCCUCUGCGAGUCGUGAUGUUGUUUCGGAAAACAACAAGACGUGGAGGGAUCCAGCCGGAGAGACCCGCGGGGAUUCCCAUCAUCAAACUAACUCUACUGCUCACAAAAAGGCUUUCCCAGUCCUUUCCUUCAACUACGAGCACGUCAAGAAGCCCUUUGAGAUCUCUCUGUGGAUCCUCCUGGCCCUGCUCAUGAAACUUGGUUUCCACAUUAUUCCCGGAGUUCAAAACAUCGUCCCGGAGAGUUGUCUGCUGAUCGGCGUGGGUCUGCUGGUGGGCGGCAUCAUCAAAGCCAUCGGGGGGGAAGCCCCCGUCCUCGACACUAAGCUCUUCUUCCUCUACCUGCUGCCUCCCAUCAUCCUCGAUGCCGGCUACUUCCUGCCCAUCCGGCCCUUCACAGAGAACAUGGGCACCAUCCUGGUGUUCGCGGUGGUGGGGACCCUGUGGAACACCUUCUUCAUCGGCGGGAUGAUCUUCGCCGUGUGUCGGCUUGAAGGAGGCCAGCUGGCCGGCGUGGACCCGCUGUCCUGCCUGCUGUUCGGCACCAUCGUCUCGGCCGUGGACCCCGUGGCCGUCCUGGCCGUGUUCGAGGAGAUCCACAUCAACGAGCUGCUGCACAUCCUCGUGUUCGGGGAGUCGCUGCUCAACGACGCCGUCACCGUGGUUCUCUAUCACCUGUUCGAGGAGUUCACUCACGAAGGAACUGUGACUGUGGUCGACGCCGUCCUCGGUGUCGUCUGUUUCUUUGUGGUUUCACUGGGAGGCAUCCUGGUGGGAGCCAUCUACGGCGUCCUGGGUGCCUUUACCUCCCGCUUCACCUCGCACACCCGAGUCAUCGAGCCCCUGUUUGUUUUCCUCUACAGCUACAUGGCUUACCUCUCUGCUGAGGUCUUCCACCUGUCAGGCAUCAUGUCGUUGAUAGCAUGUGGCGUGGUGAUGCGGCCGUAUGUAGAGGCCAACGUCUCCCACAAGUCGUACACCACCAUCAAAUAUUUCCUGAAGAUGUGGAGCAGCGUGAGCGAGACGCUCAUCUUCAUCUUCCUCGGUGUUUCCACGGUGGCCGGCCCUCACGCCUGGAACUGGACCUUCGUCAUCGUCACGGUGGUGCUCUGCCUGGUGUCCAGAGUGCUGGGAGUCAUUGGCCUCACAUACAUCAUCAAUAAAUUCCGUAUUGUAAAGUUGACCAAAAAGGACCAGUUCAUCGUGGCCUACGGUGGCCUGCGAGGUGCCAUCGCCUUCUCACUGGGGUUCCUGCUGACCAACAGCAAGAUGAAGAACAUGUUCCUCACCGCCAUCAUCACGGUCAUCUUCUUCACUGUCAUUGUGCAGGGAAUGACAAUCAGGCCUCUGGUGGAGCUACUGGCCGUGAAGAAGAAGAAGGAGAGCAAAAGAUCAAUUAAUGAGGAGAUUCACACACAGUUCCUGGAUCAUCUCCUCACAGGAAUUGAAGACAUCUGUGGUCAUUAUGGACAUCAUCACUGGAAAGACAAGCUGAACCGCUUCAAUAAGGCCUACGUGAAGAAGUGGUUGAUCGCAGGCGAGCGCUCCACCGAGCCUCAGCUCAUCUCCUUCUACAACAAGAUGGAGAUGAAACAGGCCAUGAUGCUGGUGGAGAGCGGGAGCGCCGCCAAGCUGCCCACGAUUGUGUCGUCCGUCUCCAUGCAAAACAUUCAGCCGAGAGGGCCGGCCAGACACCGGGCCAUCCCGAGCAUCUCGAAAAGUCGUGAGCAAGAGAUCAGAAAGAUUCUGCGAGCCAACCUGCAGAAGACCAGACAGAGGCUUCGUUCCUACAGCAGACACGACCUGAUGAUCGACCCGUUUGAGGACAAUGUGAGUGAAGUUCGCUUCAGGAGGCAGCGCGUGGAGAUGGAGAGGAGGAUGAGUCACUACCUCACAGUUCCUGCAAACCGCCAGGAAACACCGCCAGUGAGAAAAGUUUGCUUUGAAUCAGAACACAAGGUUUACACUUACGAUGACAGCAAGAGUCCCCUAGGCCGGACGGCCGAGCCAGAUCCCAGCCCUCCUGAUGCCGUCAGCCUGUUGAACGAAUCCUCCCAGAGGGCCAAUCAGAGCAGCGAACACAGAGCCAAACGCAAUGAUGAGCUGAGGGCCAAAGUGCCGGAUGAGAAGGAGGAGCAAGACCAACUGAAACUAUCACGUUGCCUUAGUGACCCCGGUCCAAACAAGGAAGAGGAUCUCUCAUGAUGAAGCACAUAUUCACAGUUGUUGAAAGCAGAGGAUGAAUUCUCCUCUUCAUGAUCCUCUCAUGGGAUCCCUAAAUGAACGGGAGUCAUAGCAACGUUUGACAUUCAUGAAGUCUUAUUCUGUUCCGUGUUCUGUUGUUGUGAUAUGAGAUUAUGCAACAACAAAAAAUGUUUUCAAAAGUUCAUAAGGAUUUUUACCAUGAAACACACUACCAUGCACCACUGCCUAUUUGCUAUUUCAGGAUUUAAUUACAUCCUGAAGUGAGCAGAGUGUCAGCAUUUUGUGUCUUAGCAGGCAGACUUGCAUCAAAUGGUACAAAAAAAAGACUUGUUUUAACAAGCUUGAAGCACCCGAUUGGUGGAGUCUGUCCCCUAAAAGCACAGUUUAAAGCAGAGCUCGACCGAUAAAUCGUCUCGGGUAAUAUUAGCCUAUUGCAGAUAUAUCAGUAUUGGCAUAUCUACAGUAUUUGCCAAUGAGGAGCAAGAAGUUGCUGCAUAAAAAUACCAAAGAAAUGUUUAAGGGGAUUUAGAAACUGUGUCCGACAGUUGUAAGCUGUGCUAGUGGCGUCUUUAAAUGAACGGCAAUGUCGGUCUGCCAGUUGGCCCAAACUAAAAUAUUAUAACAGCUAUGGAUAUAUGGAUGGAUUUCCGUAAACCUUUAUUUGUUAACACGCUAAACUAAAAUGGUGAACAUUAUGUCAUCUUAACAUGAGCAUGUUAGCAUACUGAUGUUAGCAUUUAGCUUAAAGCAGAGCCACUAGCAUGGCUGUACACUCUUAGGACUGGGUUAUGCUAGAAAAAAACUAGGCAUCAGUGUUUUUAGUUGUUGUUACGCAAUAUUAUUUAAAUCCGGGGAUAACGGCGCACAUCCAGACAGCCUCUCCUGGAAUACAUUCAUUAAAAGGUGACAGAAAUAGUUGAAAGAAAGAAGAGAUUUCAGAGAAGUUCACACACUGGUUCUUUUCUCACCUACGCACAGCUGACCAAUCCAAAGUGGGUGUGAAUUUUGAAUCUUUGGUCCCGGUAUGUGCCUGAAAAAUCCUUAUUGAUCGGGCUAUACUAAGUAUAAAAGACUACAAGAGGAUAUUACUUUUAAAAAUGUCCUGAUGAAAUACAUGUAGAAAGCACAAAUCUGGUGAUCCAAGACUGUUAAAAUAACUUAAGUCAAGAGUGUUGACCGAGGUCUGUGAACAAGCUUGUAUUUAACAUCGCUGCAUGACUGAUCAAUGUUUUCUCAGGGACUGCAACACGGCACACAGAAAGAAAAUAAGUGUUACUGUCCAAAAUGUGCUCCACUCGUCUACUUAUAAUGUGACUGUUUUGUAAGCGUCCGUGUUUUAAGCUUCAGUAACAUUCCAGCAGAAAUUGACUUUGUCACAUUUAAGCAUCUUUGUAACAAAGCUCUACAUAUCUGUGUUCCUGGUAACUGAGCAUGCUUUAAGACUUUUAUUGGGAGGUUAAAGAGGUGUAUCACCUUUUCAUAUCUGCCGAGCACUGGACUGCCUGCACGUUUGCCUUAAAACCUAUUGCUUUCUCGUGUGUUUGCAGUUGAAGUAUUUUUAUAUUUUGAAGGGGAAAAAAUUCAAAGUCAGGUCAUAAAUAUUUGCCAAAUGAAGGAAAGCUUUUAUUCCUGUCUGAAAUAAAUAUAUGUCAUUGCUAAA